UGGAACGGAACGUCCAAUCGUCGUCGGGUUUGGAUUUUUGCUGUAAAAUAUUCGAUGACUUGUGCAAAUUCAAUGUUGAUUUGUUGAUGACGGAACAAUAGUAAUUACAUAGUGCGAGCUAGUACUGCGCUGAGCGGCGUAAUAAUUCACAGCUGCGCUCAUGUGGCCGUCAGUGAUAAAAGACAUUGGUUAACUGUGCGUUUGGAUUAGUUUGUGAUAAAAAGUUAAAAAUCAUUCCAAGAUGAUUCUGGACGACGAGUAUGAACUGUUGGUGACUACCCCAGAGCGCAUACAGGCCCUGGGGUUUAAGCCGCAGAAGGAGAUCCUUACCAAUCACGUCUUGCCAUAUUCUGCUGAGUUGGAUGCAGAAUCAUGCAGUUUCCUGGAGCAGGUUAAGACGAAUCUGGCAAAAUCAGUGAUGUUACGUGAGAUGAAGCCAGCCUGUGGAGUGUGGUCCUCGAGGCUGAUGAAAUACAUAAGAAUAUAUGGCUUAAAAUUUGGAAAAGAGGACCACAUAGCAUUAAUAAAACUGGCCUAUGAGCUAGUUCUCAUUCCUGACUUGGAGCCAUGCAAGGUUCACAAAUUCACAACACUGUUCCUUAUGCUUACAAAAAAGAGGCAUUUAAUUUCACCGGAGGACUUGACUCUUCCCUGGCGACCUUUGUAUGAAGUUGGAAAGAAGAUAUUUGAUAAGAGCGCGACGCACAUAGGACUCUUCCAUUACCUCUCGCCAAAACGUUCUGGCAAGCAAGGAGGUGAUAUGCUCACUAAGAUUCGCAAAUUCCUGUCGGGGUACGGCCUUGAUGACGCCCUAGCCUUGUUCGGCCUAGCGGAACGGGAUGAAAACGAGCUACCCACAUCAUUAGAAGGGUCGUACAUGUCAAUGGUUAAGUGCGCGAGACCAUACUUUGAGGUGACUGCGACCAAAGAAAUCCUGGAAGAAUUUCUACCUCAGAUCAACCCUUGGGCUACUGACACAAACCUUAUGUGCCAGUUAGUGGUAUUCUUACCAGUGUCACUUCACCCGCGAUAUGCGGCUCAAGGCCACGAACUAUGGUUUAACCAACUAAUGGACCUUUGGGAUACGUGCUACAACUCACAGUAUGGAGUCUCCGAGUUGACGAUGCUCUUCGCAGGGCUGGCCAAACGGAACCCCGGUGCCGUAGAUUGGACCCCCCACGUGCCCAAACUUUUCACAAGAUUCCUUCACACUCUGAAUCUCCCAGUGGGCUAUAAAGAUAUGCAAAUGAGCAGGAAUCACACUCUUGAUAUGAAACACGUUGCUUCGUGGAUCGUAUGGAGCAUAAGCCCCGAUGGAGUGCUUCUAAAACAUCUACGCAGCUUUUUAGCUGGAGUCGAAAGCUACCUGCACAGCGCAAACGCUGGUCGCUGGUCCUUCAAGCUGAGAGACUUCCUCAGGAAACUUGCUAGAGAAUUCUUAAACAGAGUGAGAAGAGAGCGUGAAAAAAGGUUCAAGGAGAGUUGGGAAAACCAAACACCAGAAUCGAACAGACUCAGAGACGAAGACAUCACGGAAUUCGUAAACAUCGUCCUCGAGCCCACAUUGCAAGCGGUAUACAGCCGCAGCGGCGCGCUGGAUAUAUCGAUCGCGUUGCAGAAUUUGGCCACGCUCCGGCCUGCAAUCGUCGUUCCACCCUUACUGGAAAGACUCAGGACAUCGCUGACUUCUCUAACGGAGCCGCACCGAGUGACUGCCGCCAUGUCUGCAGUGGCUGCCGUGGCUAGACCUAUGCUGCGGGGAGCGGACGCCGACUUCCCUGAGGGCCCGACGCACGUCGUGCCCUUCCUCAUGGCCGUCCUCCCGGGCUUAGAUCCAAACGACAUCAAGAAGACAAUGGUGACACUACACUUCAUACUGAUAUUCAGUUGGAUGGUCCCCUUCAUCGACUGCAGCUCGGCUCACGAACACUGGCCCGAUCUGACCGAAGAAGAACGAUUGACGUGCGAGUCGACCGCUCAAUUCGAAGACUUUGUCCUGGUCUUCCUGGAUAGACUGUUCAUUAUUAUUGAGUCCAGCACGAUGGAACACGUGCGCCUCGAUACCAAAGAAUCCGACGCGAUUCGGAGCAAAACGGACGCCGUGGUCGAAACGGCCAUCUCGUCCGCCGCUACGGCUGUGCUGAUGCAGUGUUCGCCGAAAAUAUUCAAAGAGGCUCUGAGGAAGUUCAGGGCCUUUGCGACAGAUUCCACGUUCGAAACGAACGUGUCCGGUAGCAUGGUGGGCUUCCUAUUGCGCGUGUUCGCUCGUAUCGAUGCCGAAACAACUCUCGCCGCAUUCUUGCCUAAACUAUGUGAAGAUCUGAAGGAAAUUUUGUCUUCCGAUGAAACCUUGAAGGAAAUGAAUCCUCCUCGCGACCUCGUAUACAGACUCGUGCUGCUGAUGCACGUCGUUGAAUGCGAGGGGACCGUGUUGAUUAAGUAUAUUCCUGAAAUCUUGCCCAUAUUGGACAGGGCGUUGAAGCUUCAUUCGAGUUACGCGUUGACGCGUGCAAGCGAAGUUUUGAGUCACAUAUUUACGUCUAUGUCGUACGUUGAUUUGAAGGAGUGGCGCAGUUCUCCCAAUGACUAUGGGAAGGCGCCUGAGACGUGGCUGCCUGUUAGGGAGUGGGGUCGCGGCUGCUUGCUCAAGAACGCAAACUUCAAGUGGCACGUGCCUUGUGAGGCGGAAGCUGAGUGUGCCCAGAUGCUGAUUGACAGGUAUCUGAAGCCCGAGAUAGCGCGGAUCAGGCAAUGGCUCAGUGGAGAGAAAGACAUGUGUCGUGAACGCAAACUGAGGAGUUUUUGCAUCAUGAAUGCGGUGUUAUCCUCUGGCAAUUUCUUGCCACCGCCUGAUGAACAGCCUGUUGACCUUGUGGAGUCAAAGGUUCCUGCUACCAGCAUUCCAUUCGCCAACGGCGUGAAAUAUAAAAUUACGCUUGACGGAGAAAAUAUUAGAGUAGCCAUGACAAAACUCUUAUUGGAGGUGCAAGCGCGAAUGCUUGCAGACAAAUCGGAUGACACGCGCGGCUUUGAAAUGCUUAUACAAGUGUGGGAACGCGUGGUCGUUAUAAAGGGCCUCCGUCACGGGCCCGGGCUAGAAGCGCGGAUGCGUUCAUACGGCGCUUUAGAGCGAGCGCUCGACGGGCGCGGAGGGGUGGCGGGAGACGUACAGGGGGCGGCCAGACUACGUAUGCUACUGGCAGACGCAGCCAGGCUGCAAGACGAGUCCAGGGUGGACCUCGUCUGCGAUGCAGGGAUUACACCGUCGGCGCUCCAAGCACUAUACGCGCUGUAUGAGCUGUCCAUCAACACUUAUAGCUCGGUCCGUAUACUAGCACAAAUCCGUCUCUACUGGAUGCUGAGCCACUACCCAUACUCCUACCGGGCCCUGAUUCCCAAGAUGGCGGAGUUACUCGCUACGGGCGGGGAGGGGGAGGAAUGGCACAACAAGCACAAGGGCGCCCUUUACAUCAUGCUGGGGCCCCGGGCCGGGCCCCUUAUUGCUAAGCAAGACUGGGAGGUCGUCAAGACACUAUGGCCUGCCAUAUUGAGAGCUCCGUUGAGCGAGAAACCCAGUAUUUUGAGGCUGGAGCAAGCGUUCAGCGAUUCAAUCCACCGCCACUUCCCAACCGUGAACACUCGGCUAACAAUCUCGGAGGGAGCGUUGGACGCCGCUGCCUACUUUGUGAAGGAGCUCAUGAAGACUGACGCUGUCUUCGCUGAGCAGCUGAGCACGGCUGUCGAGAGGGAGCUGGCCGCUUCGGACAAGACGGAGGCCACGUAUAAGGCCUUGGUUGAUGAAUUAGUGAACGUCGCUGAGACUCCUAAUAUCCAAUGGCGUCGCUUAGAACUGGCAAUGCAAAUGCUUACCUUCUGUCCCUCCGUACAAACGCCGUACACUCCUCGCGCCGUCAAGCUGAUCGUCAAGUCGCUGCUACACGACGACAUAGCGGUGCGACGCAGCGCACAGAAACUGACGCACUACGUGCUGAAACAACGGAAGCGCCCGUUGAAGAAGCUGUACGUUGACCCGUACGAGGUGGCUGGCGUUCCGAAGCCGGAUAAACACGUGCCAGGAUAUAGAAAAGAUAUAGAGUGGGCGAUCUGGUCGGAGGACAGGCAACCGACGACUGACGAGGAAUGGGACAAGCCGUGGUUAAGGUCUACGGGGUACGGCUUCUACGCUUGGCCCAAAACGCUGGAGGUAGUGGCUCCCGCGAAAGACCAAGUAUUCUCGUUCGAUCUCACCCCUGAGGAGAUGGAAGAGGGUGAGCGGUAUUUGUACGAGUUUUUCUCGGACGACGCGAAUAUCGACCGCCUCGUGGCGUUCCUCACGAUUGAAGAAAAGAAGGGACGGGACAAGUUUAGCGGCAUACGGUUCUCUAUGUUCAGAAUGAUGUUCGCGCAAUUCGGCUGGGAAAUCACCAAGAAGUACGUGACGCACGCGCUUCGAUGCGCGGCCGACACGCAGGAGGCGCCGCAGCGCUUCGCGGCCGAGGUCGCGGCGGCCGCGCUGCGGGCCCCGCGCUACUGGGCUCGCGAGAGCGCGCAGGCUCUGAACCAGGCGGUCGUCGAGAUUAUUACCACUGGCCUCACAACAGUGAUACCAGAGACAAUGGAAGACUGGGGCACGGCGCUGGCCACGGGCGUAGAGAAGCUGGACCCGAACCGCAGCGCGGUCGUGCUGCGGGCUCUCAUGGGCCUGUGCGCGCCGCCCGCGCACGAGAAUGCGCAGCCCGAUAGCGACGCAUCCUUCCUCGUGUGCGCGCGCCUUUACGCGCUGCAGGGAGCGUUAGGAUCUCUAUGCUGGCGAACCGCGCCGCUGUCAGCCGAACUACUCACAAAGUUGGAAGCGGCUAACUUCACGCACCACCCGUACCAAAACGUGCGGGAGACUGUUGGAAGCACACUAAUGACAAUAUUCGACAACGAAUUGGUGUUUCCUGGAGGGGAGUCCGGCCCUUCGCCGCGGCUGCAAGACUUCUUAGACACGGUGCCGCCACGGCUCACUGCGCUGUACGACGAGAAUGGCGACAUUGUGGUAAAACUAACGGCGUCAAUGGCUGCGGGCGAGAGCGUCCCGCGCGAGGUGGCCGCGGCCGUGCCCGCGCCCGAGCCCGCGCCGCUGCCCGCGCACGUGGCGCCGCUGGCCGUCGACGUGGCGCGCCUGUCGCCCGACAACCCCAUCGCCGAUGACGCGCCGCAGAGCGUCCCGCGCGAGGUGCCCGCGGCCGUGCCCGCGCCCGAGCCCGCGCCGCUGCCCGCGCACGUGGCGCCGCUGGCCGUCGACGUGGCGCGCCUGUCGCCCGACAACCCCAUCGCCGAUGACGCGCCGCAGGUCACUGACCUGCCCGCGCACGUGGCGCCGCUGGCCGUCGACGUGGCGCGCCUGUCGCCCGACAACCCCAUCGCUGAUGACGUGCCGCAGGUCAUUGAUCUGCCCGCGCUCGUGGCGCCGCUGGCCAUUGACAUGGCGCGCUACUCGCUCAACGACUCGCCGCAGCCGGCGUCUAUGGCCGCGAAUGUGGCGCUUCACUCCUCGGACAACCCCAUUGAGGAUGACACGCCGCAAGCGGCCGAAGGAGGCGGCGAGGCAUCUGAAGCCGAGAACGCGCCGCGUGGCGAAAGACUCGACAAACAGCUCGGCGCGCGACUCGACAAUGCACUGCGGUUAGCCGGCGACGCCACCGCGCCCGGGCCCGAGGCCCAUGCUGACGCCGUCAACUUGCUCACCACAGUGCUACGCGGCUGCACGGGCGUGACGGUGCGCGGCGUGAACGGCAGCGUGCACCCGCAACAGGCUCUAGUGGGCGUGGCCUGCGCCGCCGCCGCCAAGGGCUCGCCGCAGCCGCACGACGAGCUGCCGCGCGCCGCCACCGGCUUCCUGGCCAGCCUGGCGCUCGCCUACCACGACCCGCGAGCCGUGGACGCCGCGCUGGAGCACCUAGCUCGCCUCGCGCAAGGUACCUCCCUCGCUAGCCUGCACGCCGCCGCCAAGGGCUCGCCGCAGCCGCACGACGAGCUGCCGCGCGCCGCCACCGGCUUCCUGGCCAGCCUGGCGCUCGCCUACCACGACCCGCGAGCCGUGGACGCCGCGCUGGAGCACCUAGCUCGCCUCGCGCAAGGUACCUCCCUCGCUAGCCUGCACGCCGCCGCCAAGGGCUCGCCGCAGCCGCACGACGAGCUGCCGCGCGCCGCCACCGGCUUCCUGGCCAGCCUGGCGCUCGCCUACCACGACCCGCGAGCCGUGGACGCCGCGCUGGAGCACCUAGCUCGCCUCGCGCAAGGUACCUCCCUCGCUAGCCUGCACGCCGCCGCCAAGGGCUCGCCGCAGCCGCACGACGAGCUGCCGCGCGCCGCCACCGGCUUCCUGGCCAGCCUGGCGCUCGCCUACCACGACCCGCGAGCCGUGGACGCCGCGCUGGAGCACCUAGCUCGCCUCGCGCAAGGUCGCUCGUGGUGGGCGCGGCUGGCGAGCGUGGAGUUCGCGCAGCCGCUGCUGUUCUACGCGCUGCCGUUACUGUGCGCGCGGCCCGAGCGCGCCGUGCUGGCUGAGGAGUUCACGCUGCGACUCAUGAGGGAUCCACGCCUCGAGGUGCGUCAAGUGGCAGCGAAGCUCCUGACCGGGCUGAUGCACUGCCGCGCGCUGCCCGACGAGGGCGCCACCAUCGCGCGGCUCAUGCGCAACUGCCGCGCCGCGCCGCUGCUCGAGCGGCACUGCGGCGUGCUGGGGCUGUGCGCCUACCUCGCCUCGCGGCCCUACAGCCUGGGGCCCAAGCUGGGCAACGUGCUAGCCGAACUAGCCCGUCACACGAACGCGCCUGACCCGAUCCCGGCGACGAUCCGCGCAGCGCUAGCCGAUUUCCGACGCACGCACCAGGACGACUGGGCCAAGCACCGCGACCAGCUCACCGAGGCCGAACUAGACUUGCUAGCGGACCUCACAUCGCCGCCAUCUUACUGCGCCUAA